ACUAGGUGGACUUGAACCAUUAUAAAUGGUAUCAAAGCUAAACGUUAGACGAUGUGCCAGUGAGAAAGCUGUUUUUGAAGGGAUAGACACGAGGGACAUGCCUUAGGCCCCUCGAGUGAAUUUAGUGGAGACCCACAUCGAUAGAAUGAGAGAAAGGAACAGGUGUCAGGGAGGAUGCGGACUCGGAACAAAUUACUAAUUAGGAAAACCAAACAAAAUGUUGCUUAUGGAAUAUUCUGUCACAUUCUAGAACUCAGACGAGAAUGCAACCGAAGCUCCUGGAACCUCCUUCCAACUCUUCUCUAUCCUUCCAGAAAAUUCAUCUCUUUUCACACAACACACACCUAUAAAUAACCAAUCCAACCGCUCUCCCUUACCCACACCAAAACAGCUCUACCAGAUCAUCUUUUACAACCAAAAUCUCCUUCGCACCAACAUUUCCCUGAGCAUCAAACAUUUCUCCAGUUAACAAGCGAAAGAUGGAUCUAAGAAUCAUGGGCUUAGACUCCCCAAUCUUCUCCACCCUCCACCAUGUUAUGGAUCUCGUCGACGAGGCCGACAAGUCGUUCAAUGCCCCAACGCGAACCUACGUCCGGGAUGCCAAGGCCAUGGCAGCCACUCCGGCCGACAUCAAGGAGUAUCCAAAUUCCUACGUUUUCGUCGUCGACAUGCCAGGGCUGAAGGUUGGCGACAUCAAGGUUCAGGUUGAGGACGACAAUGUGCUACUGAUAAGUGGCGAGAGGAAGAGGGAGGAGGAGAAAGAAGGGGCGAAGUAUGUGAGGAUGGAGAGGAGAGUUGGGAAGUUAAUGAGGAAAUUUGUGUUGCCGGAAAAUGCCAACGUUGAUGCCAUCUCAGCGGUUUGUCAGGAUGGUGUGCUCACUGUGACUGUCCAAAAGUUGCCACCACCUGAGCCCAAGAAGCCCAAGGUGGUUGAGGUCAAGGUCAAUUGAUGGGUUUGGUUCAUGAGUUUUCAGAAUAUGGCGCCCUGCUGGUUUUCUCUUUUAUCUUUUAAUUUUCUUCCUUUUUGGUGGUGUUUUGUGUGGUAAUGUCUGUAAUGUGGGUUGCCUCUGUAGUGUGUGCUUGAUGGUUUAUGUCAAUGAAUAUUUACAGGUUUCAUCAGAAAUGUUAAUCUUUUACUA